AUGUCGAGUCAUGGAAUUCCCCGAUCAGCUGCUCGUGAUGAACGGACAGACGAAUCAAGGCAGAAGGAACUGAAAGAAAUUGGCCAAUAUAAGCAACUUGUAGAAGAAGUCAAUGAGAAGGUCAAAGCGAAAGAGUUUACGCCAGCCUUAUUACAAAAAACGGCCGAAGUACUCAAAAAGAACCCGGAAUACUACACGAUCUGGAAUCACCGCCGGCGUAUAUACGUCAAUGAAUUCCGAGAUCUGGAGAAGGACGUCGGGGCUGGAAAGAUCACCGAGGAGACAAGGAUAAGUAACGUGCUAGACAUCAUACAGCUGGACUUGCAAUUCCUAUUCCCUCUGCUACUGAAAUUUCCCAAGUGUUAUUGGAUAUGGAAUCAUCGGCUAUGGCUUCUCCAGCAGUCGACGGCACUGCUCCCAGCUCCUCAGGCCCGCAAACUUUGGGAAGAAGAACUAGGCCUGGUUGCGAAAAUGCUGAGUCGCGACAGCAGAAACUUCCACGGCUGGGGCUAUCGACGCAUGGUGGUGAGCAACCUUGAAAGCCCGGCUCUGCAAGGUCAGAGCAUGUCACGAGCAGAACUGGAAUAUACGAAAAAAAUGAUAGGCACCAAUCUCUCCAAUUUCUCUGCCUGGCACAAUCGAACAAAGGUCAUUGUGAAGAUUUUGGCCGAAGAAAAUGCGAGCGACAAAGAGAGACAGAAGAUGCUAGAUGAUGAGCUCGAACUGAUUCACACAGCCUUGUUCGACCCCUUUGACCAAUCGUUAUGGUUCUAUCACCAGAAUCUGAUGUGUGCCUUUGACCCUGACCAAGCCGCAAAAAGUAUGGCACCAAAUCUGACCACCGAGCAGCGCUUGAAGUAUAUCGCAUCAGAGAGAGAAUAUAUAGAGGAGGUGCUGGAAGACGCUGAAGACUGUCAAUGGGCACGCAAAGCUCUGAUUGAAUGUGCAUUACUGGAAGCCAAGUUGAACAAGAGUAUGGAAGAAGACGACAAACAGAAGGUGUUGGCUUGGUUGAAUGAGCUCAAAUUGCGUGACCCUCUGAGACGAGGUCGGUGGUUAGACAUGGAACAGGCUCUGCUAAAGACCGCGUGA